UAGUAGCAGUAGCAGCAGAGCCCGCACCGCGGAGUACAGCAGAGCAGCGAGCAGCGAAAGCAGGCUCGGCAGCAGAGCCGAUCACCAUGGCGUAUCUAAACUACACGACCGAGGUGUAUCCAGGAGCCGAGUCGAUCUUCCCAAACACAGCCUACCCUGAGCGGCUAUCCUUCGACAGAUCGCCGCAGUCGUCCUUCCGCCGGAAGAAGACGCGGCGAGCGAGAAUGACGACAAGCGCUCGGUACAAGACCCAGCCGGUGACCUUUGACGAGAUCAAGGAGGUCGACGAGGACAACAUAGCCGAGGACAGCGCUGGCGCGACGCCCAGCGACCGAGUCAAGGAACGAGCCGAAAUGCUGAAGAAGAAGCUCUCCGAGUUCUCGCGCACGAUGGAGGAGCUGGUUAACACUCGCUUCGAGAACCCGGAGCAAGAGGGCGCCACUGACGUCAUCACCGAGAUGAGCGCACAGGAGCGCGCCCACCGGCAGGCGCGAGAGCGCCGGAACCGGGCGCGCAACCAGAAGAGCGCCGACGCUUCCGGUGCGGCGAGUUCGAGUUCCGACGCCAGCUGAGAUUUUUGCCCCCGCGCGAUCUCCUGUUUUUAUUCUAUCUCUCUUCUCCUCCCCCCUCUCUCUCUCUCUCUCUCUCUCUCACUCGCCCGCGUGCGCACGAGGAAGAGAGAGAAAGAUGGAGAGAAAGCUGAAGCUAUAUCGCGCUGAGUUUCCCGGUGAUUCUCUCGCGGUGCAGCGCUUAUACAUUCGCUGUUUACAUUACGCUGCUGCAAUUCUAGGCGCGGUGCCCGCGUGCAGAGAGAGAGAUACGCGAUGCCGCAGUGUAAACACGCAGCAGAAGCUAACCGGACACAAAAACAAUUCGAUUUGACAGAUGGCGUCGCGAUAGCCGCGCGCGCGCAUGCGUCGUGCACGUGCACGCGCGCGCGCAAAAAAAAGCGCGAGCUGGAGAAGUGUCGGGAAAAUAAUGGAUACUUUUGAACAGUGUGCGCCGUGCACCAAUUCGGUGCGUAUGUACAGCAGAUGCAGGAGCGGAUUCAGAACAUUGAAGGUCGAGGAGAGAUGCAUGGUGGGAAGAUGCCGUAAAUGUUCUUAUGUGCCGAAGAUUUCCGAUGAUGUACGAUGUUUGUUGUUCGGAAGAGUGCGCCUGUAAGGAAAUGCGCGUGAAUGCGUCGCUGGGUGUACACGGUCUUGUAUGGAUUAUUUAUUGAAAUGCCCGCGAAUAGUACGUACGGAUGUAAAUCGUUGGUUGAUUCGUGUGCUUGUGAUGAAGCGUCUAGUUCGGAUCUAUAUAUGGCUUCAGGAAAAACGAACCGGUUUAAACUUCUACAGACACGUAUGCACGUAUGCACGCACGCACACGCGCGUACGCACACGGACGCUUACCCACCCACGCACACACACGCA